CGAACCAGUUCGAACUCAGCGGCAGCAAAAACACGCGGAAUGUUGCAAAACGUUAAUGAAAAGUUAUUUUAUAACACUGUAUUAUGCCAAACAUUUUCACCGGAUGGGAACUUCCUGGUCGCUGGAAAUAUCUACGGUGAUGUUUCAGUGUUUGAGUUGUCAAAAGUUUUGAGCCCUUAUCAGGGAGAAGAAAAUGAACUACAAGGUCCAAAGUAUUCCUUUACCGCUCAUCCUAAUCAACACGUGGAAUGUAUCGCCUCAACCGAGAAUUUUCUUUUAACGGGGAGUGCUGGUGAAAUCUCAGGAUGGGAUUGGAAAGUUGUCACAUCCAGUAAAGCUCCGAAGAUUAAACUUUCCUGGAACAUACAAUUACCAUCUAAUAAGGAUAGUUUUGAAAGGACAGAUGUAAAUUACAUGGUCUAUUCUAAAGAGACUCAUUUACUUUAUGCUGGUUGUGGGGACAAUAAUAUUUAUGUUAUUCAUUUGGAAGAUGGGAAAAUACUAACGACUUUCAGUGGACACGAAGAUUAUAUACAUUGUCUUUCGAUAUCGAGUGAUCAACUUGCCUCUGCAAGUGAGGAUGGUAGCGUAAGACUAUGGGAUUUACGCAAAAAAGAAAAUACAAAUGUAUUACGGCCACACCUCAUUGGUAAGGUAGCAAGGCCGAAAAUUGGCAAAUGGAUUGGAGCGGUUGAUUUUACUGACGACUGGCUGCUCUGCGGUGGUGGGCCUAAAUUAUCAUUGUGGCAUAUGCGAACUAUGGAAGCACCGACAGUAUUUAAUGUACCUGAUCAGGGUAUUCAUGUAGCUAGCAUUUAUGAAGAACGUAUCAUAACUGGUGGUGUAAUGCCUCAUGUGUAUCAUCUGUCCUAUCAAGAUGAAACAUUAGCCAAAGUGCCAACAUCCAGUAACACAAUCUACAGCAUCGUUUAUCAAGAAACUCCUCAGAAGCUUCUGAGUAUUGCAGGCUCUAGUAACAAACUCGACAUUUGUACAAACUUUAACUAUCGUGAAUUAGUGCUCAAGUUUGCCUAAGUUAUUAAUUUAAUCUUACCGUGCUACCUAAAAUUGUAUACAUUUUUAUCGCUGACUCUUGGCAACUUCCAUUUCUCAAGGCUACACCCACUCAACGAACUGGGGUAUGAUUAAAAGGAAGCCUUUCAUCAUAAAAUUUAAUAAAUAUUUUAAUACAUAAUACAUUUUCUAUUACUGCUAAUGAAGGGCUUUAUACAAAUUUACAGUACUUCAACAGAAUGUUUAUUUCAAAGGUUGCUACCCCACGAGGGUCUGCCAUCGAAGAAUAGUUUGUUUAAAGUUUACACAGGUUACAUUAGAAAGUCUUGCGUCUCCACCCCUAACAAUUUAAUCUAAAAACUAAUUGCGUGUCCUCUGAGAAACCAUAUAUAUAUAAGAUCAUUCCUAUGUCCAAUGAAAAAGGAAUUCCUUCCGUGAUCAUGGAAUUUAAUAAAUAUAUCAGUAUGUAAUGCAUAAGCUGUAGAGGAUUAUGUACAAAUUUACAAGGUUUCGUCUCUUUCUACAAUUCUUGCUCUGC